AUGCUAAUUACGAGUACAGCCUGUUUGAAAGAAGCUAUCGCAUCGCUUAUCACUGCUUUCGUUGCCAUUGAGCUUAAUCCAGGAUCCGAGGCCGCUUCCGUGACCUUGGGCUCAAAUGCUCCGGCAACGGCACAACAGGAAGCUGUGCAAACAGCCACAGUCAGUUUUGAAGAGAAGUUUCACUAUCGAAGACCCAUGUAUGCAUGUUUGCGAUUCUGGUACGGAAAGCCGGAGUAUGAUAAUCAGUUCAGGCAGUUGGAAGUUUCCGCUAUUGAACAUAUAGACGAUCCUAGACCACCGCUUCUCCUUCAAUUUCUUUCUCUCCUUAUCAAUGAUUCUACUUUCCUACUUGAUGAAGCAAUCAGUUUUCUGGCUCAGUUGAAGGUCAAGGAACGAGCCAGGGAGUCACAGGGUGGGAGAUAUACUAGUAGGGACGAAGAAUCAAUGUUCCAGCACAUGAGUCGAUUGGCUAGGUACCACAUCUCUCUCGGUUUGGACAAUUUAUCCGCUCUCAGACGUGUCGUUUCACUGUGUCCACGGCUGGUUACUCAUCAGAUUCUUGUUGAUCGAAUCACCUGUAUGUUGAACUACUUCCUAGCCCAUUUAGUUGGCCCGAAAUCGCGAGAGCUGACAGUGAGAGAUAAAUCGACUUAUGGUUUCAAACCGGAGUUGUUUGUUGAGGAGAUUUGCCGAGUGUAUGUGAGCCUGGGACUGGAUAAUUCGGAAUCGGCGCAAGGUAAAGCCGUGGUUAGUGAUGGCAGAUCCUACUCGUCAGAAUUGCUAGAUCAAGCUCUUGGGGUCCUGAGACGUGUUUCUGUGGACCCGAACUUGGUGGAACUUUUCAGUAAAGUUGCUGAGGCUUUGAAGGUGUUGACUGAAGAUGCAAUGGGCUUCGAAGAUGCUCCAGAGGAGUUCUGUGAUCCAAUUAUGGGAGAAAUUAUGGAAGAUCCUGUUCGUUUACCCACUUCCAAUAAUAUCCUCGAUCGAAAGACCAUCUACCGACAUCUACUUAGUGAUCCCAAGGAUCCAUUCAACAGGCAGCCCUUGGAAAUGUCCAUGGUAAUUGCAGAGACGGAACUGAAGGAGAGGAUUCAAGCCUGGAUGGCAGCGAAACGAGCGGAACGAAGCCAGGGAGGUGGACCUCCGACAUCUUAA